AUGGUUUAUAUUGUACCAGAGAAACGAGGACAACUAGAUGAAGCAACUGAACACAUAAGUUUGGCUCAUCAAGAUAUUGAAAAUUUAAGAGAAGAAUUAGCCAUUGAGCAAGGUCAUGCUCAAGUAAUGGAUGAUUGA